UUCAUAUAUUGUUUCAGGACUUUCCUUUAUCAAGUUGAUCCCUGGAUCGGGAUCAAGGAUUGCAAACAUUUGUGGAUUAUUAUCUUGGUGUCUGAUCUAUGCUGGAUUAGGAGCAGCGUUUCUUUAUGUAGAACUAAAAGAUAGCGUAGAAAACGUUUCCAUUAAAUUAUUGGCAUUAGCAACAGUAGAUUUGUUGAUGGUUCUUCAGAAUAUUUGUGUUCUCCCUUCUAUUGCUUACUUUGUGGAGAAAAGUCCAUUUUUACUGGAAAACCAUGAACUUCAGAGGCCAAGUCAUAUUUUCUUGCUCAUUCUAAAUUUGAUUUCAAACCUAUCACCCAUAAUCUAUCUUUUACCUCCAAUGUUUAUAUUUCAAUCCAUUUUCGUUAUGCUUCAUAAACUACUGUGUUUCCUUGACAUAUUUCUGGUUGGUGCAUCUGCAGCUCAGAGUAGUUUUAACAUAAACCAGUAUACAACUGAACACCAGGAGGAUGCUAGUGAAAUAAAAGUGAAGCAACUUGUCAAGGAGUUUAAGGAGUUCAAGGACGGUAUUUCACCGUGGUUAUUUGUGAAAUUCUGCUUUACCGUCGUCAAUUUCUUUAUCUCCCUUUUCUCUGCCAAAAAUUAUGACUUUUUUUUAUUUUUUUUCCCUGGACUGUUUUUAGAGAUGGUUUAUAUCAUUCUUAUGCUGGAGAAAUCCUUCAAAGUUUAUCAAUCCUUAGCUCUAAAGCUUAGAGAUAAUCUGGAGAACUGUUGUUACGAAAACAAAAGAGCUGUUAAAAACCUGAUUCAGGAAAUCGAAACUGAGACCGCAUUCUCCGCGCUGGGUUUCUUCUCAAUACAGAGGAUCACAUUGAUGUCUAUAGUUUCCAUCUCUUUAACCUAUUCAAUUAUACUUUUUCAAUUCUCUUCAGUUGAAAACCUGUAAUGAGAAAACUAUAAAAUGAAUGUCGUCUUUUCCGAGUUUUUUUUAAUUUCGCUUAAAAACGUUUAGGCGUCAGAGCUAGUGUGUUAAUGAGAAGCUCUGGAGAGAUAUAGAAUAACCAUAAUUGAAGGAUCAAGCAUUAAUCCGCAAAAGUAAACACAUUGAAUAUUGAGAUAAAACGUUAAUGAUAUAUUAACCCUAUUC